AUGACCAACGACACCUCCCAGUCGGGCGCCGCCCCCGCAGACAAGACCUCCUUCGCCCUCAAGGCCGGCCUCGCCCAGAUGCUCAAGGGCGGCGUCAUCAUGGACGUGACCAACCCCGAGCAGGCCCGCAUCGCCGAGGACGCGGGCGCCUGCGCCGUCAUGGCCCUCGAGCGCGUCCCAGCCGACAUCCGCAAGGACGGCGGCGUCGCCCGCAUGUCGGACCCCUCCGUCAUCAAGGCCAUCCAGGAGGCCGUCACCAUCCCCGUCAUGGCCAAGGCCCGCAUCGGCCACGACGUCGAGUGCCAGAUCCUCGAGACCCUCGGCGUCGACUACAUCGACGAGAGCGAGGUCCUCACCCCGGCCGACGACGAGUCCCACGUCGAGAAGAGCCCCUUCAGCGUCCCCUUUGUCUGCGGCUGCCGCAACCUCGGCGAGGCCCUGCGCCGCAUCGCCGAGGGCGCCGCCAUGAUCCGCACAAAGGGCGAGGCCGGCACCGGCGACGUCGUCGAGGCCGUCCGCCACAUCAAGACGGUCAACAGGGAGAUCGCCCACGCCAAGGCCGCCCUGGCCGAGGGCGGCGCCCUCCGCGUCCGCGAGCUGGCCCGCAAGCUCGAGGUCGACGCCGCGCUCCUCCAGCAGACGGCCGAGCUGGGCCGCCUGCCCGUCGUCAACUUCGCCGCCGGCGGCGUGGCCACACCCGCCGACGCCGCCCUCAUGAUGCAGCUGGGCUGCGACGGCGUCUUCGUCGGCAGCGGCAUCUUCAAGUCGGGCGACCCCGCCAAGCGGGCUAAGGCCAUCGUGCAGGCCGUGACGCACUACAAGGACGCCAAGGUGCUCGCCCAGGUGAGCGAGGGGCUGGGCGAGGCCAUGGUCGGCAUCAACUGCGACAAGAUGCUGCCCGAGGAGAGGCUGGCGCACAGGUAG